AUGGUGGACGUUUCUAAGCUUGAGCUCACGCUGAUUUGCUCUAAAAUACUAGGCUUUAUAGACAAAAAUAUAGUCGAGUGUUUACAAGAUAUAAUAACUAACAAUGAAGAGUCGGCAUGGGUGUCGCAGAUAAUUAUCAUUUUGGAAUUAGAUCAACCCAUAGCGGAAAAGCUAGUAGAAGCGAUCAUAGAUUUAAAACAAAGUGAGACUGAGAUAAAAAAAGAUGUAAAUUUUAAAAAACUCGAAGAACCAGCUCUAGUUAGUAAGAAAAAAAUAAACAUCAAAAAAGAGAGAUAUAAAGAACGGUUGGAGUAUUUGAAAGAUCGCGAAGUUUCGCAGGUCGAAUUCUCAGAAAAGUAUACCAAGUCUCGGCUUGAAUUAUACAAUAAAUUGGCCUUGCUGAACGAUAGUCAGCUCACUAAAGACUUGGAAAAGUCUUUGAAAACGCUAGAUCUGGCAAAGUCCGCUAUUGAAAGUAGAGAAAAAGAUUUAAAAAAUGACAAGUUGUUUGUUUUCAAAACGGAGUACGACGAAUGUGAGAUGGAAAAGCAAAAAUUGCUUAAAAAUAAUUUGACGGAUGUGACUGAAAAUAACAAACAAAAAACAGAGUCUUUAGGGGAAACACGUUUCGUAGAUAACGCUUUAAGAAAUCUUGAUCAAGAUUCGUUAACUUUCAAAUUCUACAAUAAUCAGCACCGUUUGUUCGUCUAUGAUGAGGAUAAACAAGUUAAGACAAAUGACAACGCAGCUAUCCUACAAAAGCGGUUACUCUACGAAAAAGAAUUCGAGGAAGCGCAGAAUAUGUAUCUAGAUUUGCAAAAAAAAAGAAAAAAGCUUCCGAUUUACUUGUUUAAAAAUGAAUUGCUCGAAUGCAUAAGAGACAAUCCUGUGGUAAUUCUCGUGGGCCAAACAGGAAGUGGUAAAACUACCCAGCUACCCCAGUAUUUAGACGAUGUAGGGUAUACUAAGCAUGGAAUGAUUUGCUGUACGCAGCCUCGUCGUGUGGCAGCAAUGAGCGUGGCGAAACACGUUAGUAACGAGAUGCUCGUGACAUUAGGCAGAGAAGUCGGUUAUAAUGUUCGAUUUGAUAAUAACGUCUCGCUCGACACCAAAAUCUGUUUUUUAACGGAUGGAAUUCUUUUAAAACAGUUUGUUAAUGACCCUACAUUAGACCAGUAUUCUGUCAUUAUAAUUGAUGAAGCACACGAAAGAUCUUUGAACACCGAUUUACUACUUGCUCUAAUUAAGGAUUUGUCUUUAUAUCGAAGUCACAACUUGAAAGUUAUUGUUGCAAGUGCGACUAUCGAUGCUGAAUUGUUUAGUACUUACUUCAACGGUGCGCCGAUUUUUGAGGUUCCUGGUGAAAGCUUUCCGGUAAGAUUGUUUUAUUCUAGACAAGCUGAAAGCAAUUAUAUUGAAGCGUGCGCCUCCACGGUAAUACACAUACAUCACAAUAGGCCAAUGGAUGGCGACAUUUUAGUGUUUUUGCCGGGCCAACAUGAGAUUGAAAUGUGUGGACAGAUGAUAGAGGAGAUGAACAAAAAAGAAAAAAACUCUGACGAAGCUUCGUCACUGAUCAUUACUCACUUAUAUUCUAGUCAAUCUCUAGACGAACAACAGAAAGUUUUUAAUUCCGCGCCUGUUAAUAAACGCAAAGUAAUUCUUUCAACUAACAUUGCUGAAACCUCAUUGACCAUUCCGCAUAUUACUUACGUGAUUGAUUCCGGGUUAGUGAAGCAAAACUUUUAUAAUUCCUCGAGCAACAUGGAAAUGCUCAGACUUGUUGUUUGUUCAAAAGCCUCGGCAAUGCAACGAGCGGGUAGAGCAGGUCGUACAGGACCAGGAUAUUGUUUCCGGAUCUAUACGAAAGAAGCUUGGAAAACUCUUUUCGAAAAUUCUAACGUGCCCGAAAUAAAUCGGUCUAACCUCACGGACACAGUUUUAACAUUAAAAUACUUAGGCAUUGACGACGUGUUGAAUUUUGACUACAUUGAAAAACCAACAACUUCAGCGCUUACUUACGCUUUAAACAAUUUGAGUUACUUGUCUAUUAUUAAUUCAAACGGUACACUGACUCCGUUCGGGGAGUUUGUCGCUAUGCUCCCAUGUUCGACAUACAAUGCGUGUAUGAUAGUGAAAAGUAUAAUAUAUAAUUGUAUCUCCGACGCUCUAAUAUUAGUGGCAUUAUUGGAGUUGAAUCAAUCGAUCAUCAUCGGCAAAGAGUCGCCUUUUACUUACUUGGCUGAACAGUUCGGAGACCACGUAUACCUGGUAAAUAUUUACAAAAGAUGGCAAACGAGCAAUUACUGUUCAGACUGGUGCCGAAACAAUUGUAUUGAUGAACGGUUGUUGGUCAAAGCUAAAAACAUUUUCAUUCAACUAGCUUCCAUCUUAGAAAGUCAUGGUGUUGAAAUGACGCAGUCAGACGAAAACCAUUCUGAAAGCCUGAUUAAUGUCUCUGAUUGA